AUGCCUAGAAGCCGGAGGAGGAGGGAGUGUCUUUCUAUCCAUAUUGGCCAGGCUGGGGUCCAGAUGGGCAAUGCCUGUUGGGAGCUGUAUUGUCUAGAACAUGGAAUCCAGCCGGAUGGGACCAUUCCCAGCAACAAGGCAGCUAAACCGAUAGAGCCAGAGACUGAACAAGUGGAUUCUUCUUUUGAGACCUUCUUCUGUGAGACUGCAUCAGGAAAGCACGUGCCCAGGGCCGUGUUCAUUGACCUGGAACCCACGGUCAUUGAUGAGAUCCGAAUUGGGAACUACCGUGCACUCUUCCAUCCUGAGCAGCUCAUUAGUGGCAAAGAGGAUGCCGCCAACAACUACGCCCGGGGCCACUACACCAUUGGGAAGGAAAUCAUUGAUACAGUAUUGGGUAGAGUCCGUAAAAUGGCUGACCAGUGCAGUGGCCUUCAAGGGUUCCUGGUCUUCCACAGCUUCGGAGGAGGCACAGGCUCUGGAUUCACGUCCCUCUUGAUGGAGCGCCUGUCAGUAGAGUACAGCAAGAAGUCCAAGCUGGAGUUCUCGGUGUACCCUGCCCCACAGGUCUCCACUGCGGUGGUGGAACCCUACAAUUCCAUCCUGACCACCCACACCACGCUGGAGCACUCGGACUGUUCUUUCAUGGUGGACAAUGAGGCCAUUUAUGACAUCUGCAACCGGAACCUUGAUAUUGAGCGUCCCACUUAUACCAACUUGAACAGGCUGAUAGGACAGAUAGUGUCAUCUGUCACUGCUUCUCUGAGAUUUAAUGGUGCAUUAAAUGUUGAUCUGAUAGAAUUCCAAACUAAUUUGGUGCCCUAUCCCCGCAUACAUUUCCCCCUCACUACCUAUGCGCCCAUAAUUUCGGCAGAGAAAGCCUAUCACGAGCAGCUCUCAGUGCCUGAAAUCACCAACUCUUGCUUUGAGUUCUCCAACCAGAUGGUGAAAUGUGACCCUCGCCGAGGCAAAUACAUGGCUUGCUGCCUGCUGUACCGGGGGGAUGUGGUGCCCAAGGAUGUGAAUGCAGCUAUAGCAGCUAUCAAAACCAGGAGGUCCAUCCAGUUUGUGGACUGGUGUCCCACUGGGUUUAAGGUGGGCAUCAAUUACCAGCCCCCCACUGUGGUGCCGGGGGGAGACCUGGCUAAAGUGCAGCGGGCCGUCUGCAUGCUGAGCAACACCACGGCUAUUGCAGAAGCCUGGGCCCGUCUGGAUCACAAGUUUGACCUGAUGUACGCGAAACGGGCCUUUGUGCAUUGGUAUGUGGGGGAGGGGAUGGAGGAGGGGGAGUUCUCCGAAGCCAGGGAGGACAUGGCUGCUCUCGAGAAGGACUAUGAGGAAGUUGGCAGGGACUCUGCCGAUGGGGAUGAGGCAGAUGAAGAUGAGUAUUAA